AAAAUGAAGGUACCUGAUGUGGUUUUAAUGAGUGAUAUUUUGAAGCGUAUGACAGGCGAAUCUGCUUUGCCGGUUUAUUGCAACAUAGAGAAAUUCAAACGAGUCAAUAACGGUUUCUAUGUAGUCGCUGAGGAUUUUCACGAAAGUGUCAGGAAAAGAGAACAGGUCAAUGCCAAGGAACGGCUCCGGAUCCGUAACCUUAACACCAUGUUCUCGCGCUUGAAGCGAAUGGUACCACUGAUGCGACCAGACCGCAAGCCCAGUAAAGUGGACACUCUUAAAGCUGCAACCGAGUACAUUCGGUUACUUCUUGCAGUUUUGCAAGACACUGACACUACUAAGGGGAGCGAGACAGAUUUCCUAAAGAAUGCAAUGGCCUAUGGUCAGACUGAAGGCUUCGAUAGUGAUCUUUGGAAAAUCGAAGAUUUUCUGAAUAUGUCAGAGGACCAAACCAUCGAUGGCUUCGCUAUGCCCACGGAAACGGGAACAGAAGAGGGAGAUAUUAGCAGAUUGGUGCUACAACACUGUGCCAUGCCUGCAUACCAGUUCAUCAUUCAAGUAGCACCUGGCCAAUCUUAG